UAUGGGGCGUAAUUUAACGUUCUCAUGACGCGUCGAUGCCUUCAACCGACCGCGUCUGACGUCAUCUUUGACAGUACUCACACGUUUGCUCUCAAAUAGUUUAGAGAACAAUCGAUCUAAUAUAUCUGAUCUAUAUCCAAUUAACGACAAAUAAAACAGCCUUAUUGAUUAUUUUCUGCGUCAUAAAACCGUUAGUUUUUUGGAAUAAUCUGAUAAUGUGUGUCAGAAGAUGAAGAUGUGAUGUAGAUGUCCGGGACGCCAUUAGGUGGCGCUCUAGGACGCGGAUACGGGGAGAAGUGGAGCAGGGUUUGAUUUCCAUACCGUUGGAUGAUGGAUAAAAGAGGAGGUUGUUGCCUAGCAGCGCCUCUUCGUGCUGAUUGGCCCCCGACCGCUGUCUCACUCCGGAGUAUUUUUAAACCUCACUCACACUUUUUCCGUUCAACUUGACGGAAAGAGAUGCCACCAAGUUUUGUCUAACAAUAUUUUUCUUUGAAUUGCGUUGCUGUGCGUCGAGAAUGACCUCGACUGUACCUGGAGGCUGAUCAGCUAGAGGAGCAGCCACUAUGAGCCUGUCCUCCUUCCCCUCCCUCCCCUCCUCCCUCCCCUCCCUCCCCUCCUCCCUCCCCUCCCUGGACUCCAGCGGUGUGUUCUACAGCGACGGGGCUGACAGCUGGGCGGACGGCCCCCCCGAGCCCCUGGGCGGCGGCCUGGUGGUCAACGUGGGCGGCUGUCGCUACCAGCUGUCCCGGGACCUGCUGGCCCCCCACCCGGACACCCGGCUGGGCCGGCUGGCCCGCUCCGGCCCCGCCUCCGCCCUGGACCUCUGCGACGACGCAGACCUGCCGCGGAACGAGUUCUUCUUCGACCGCAGCUCCCAGACCUUCCAGUACGUGAUGAACUUCUACCGCACGGGCCACCUCCACGUGAGGGAGGACCUGUGUGCGGUCUCCUUCCUGCAGGAGAUCCAGUACUGGGGCAUCGAGGAGGUGCUGAUCGGCCCGUGCUGCCGGGAGCGCUACCUCCGACGCAAGGAGCAGAAGGAGAGCCUGGGCCCUCAGCAGGUGGUCCGGGCCGCCGCCGCUGUAGAGGAAGACCCCGGCGACGACGAGGACUUCACCGGCGCGGCGUUCCCGGGUCUCCGCCGCCGCCUCUGGGACUUCCUGGAGAAGCCCGACUCGUCGUGCGCCGCGCGCACCUUCGGCUCGCUGUCGGUCUUCUUCGUGGUGGCGUCCGUCGUCAACAUGGCACUGAUCUCCCUGGACCCGGCCGAGGGCGCGGCGACGGCACCCGGCGGCGGCGGCGGCGGCGGCGGCGGCGGCGGCGGCGGCGGCGGCGGCGGCGAGGACGCGGUGCGCCUCCUGCUGGACGUCCUGGAGUACGCCUGCGUUGUGUGGUUCACGGCCGAGCUGGCGCUGCGCUUCCUGUGCGUGCGGAACAAGUGGCGGUUCAGCCGCGGCGUGGCCAACGUCAUCGACCUGCUCGCCAUCCUGCCGUUCUACGUCACGCUGGCGGUGGAGCGGCUCCAGGGCGGGACCAGCGAGCUGGAGAACGUGGGCCGCGUGGUGCAGGUGCUGCGCCUCAUGAGGUCCCUCCGCAUGCUGAAGCUGGGCAGGCACUCCACAGGCCUGAGGUCCCUGGCCUCCACCAUCACCGAGUGCUACGAGGAGGUGGGGCUGCUCCUCCUCUUCCUCGGGGUGGGCAUCUCCCUCUUCGCCACCACCAUCUAUGCACUGGAGCACCACCUGCCCGGCACCACCUUCUCCAGCGUGCCCAUGGCUUGGUGGUGGGCCACCACCUCCAUGACCACCGUGGGCUACGGGGACAUCCGCCCAGACUCCGCCCCCGGAAAGGUGGUGGCGUUCAUGUGCAUCCUGGCGGGCAUCCUGAUCCUGGCGCUGCCCAUCGCCAUCAUCAACGACCGCUUCUCCGCCUGCUACUUCACCCUCCGCAUGAAGGAGGUGGCGCUGAGGCAUCGGCAGGCGCUGCGGAGGCUGGCCAGCGGCGAGGAGGGGGAGGGGGAGGGGGAGGUGGUCGGGGCGGGGGGAGGAGGGGGCGGGGUCAACCUGCGGGACGCCUACGCCCGCAGCCUCAGGGAGAUGAUGCGUCUGGAGGGGAGGGAGCAGGAGAGAGGCGGGGCCGGCAGGGGGGUGGAGCUACGCUGGUGGAGGGGGGAGGGGUUAGGUGGAGGGGGAGGGGCUCUGCUGGGAGAAGGGGUGGGGCUCUGAGGGAGGGGGAGGGGCUUUGGCAGGAGAAAGGGGGACGGGCUUCUGGGGAAGGUAAAGAUGCGGGAGAUAAGAGGAGGAGCUCUGAGGGGGCGGAGCUCUGGUGGUAGAAAAGGGGAGGGGCGUAAGGAGUGGGAGGAGCUUGUAGUAGUCGCCUAUUAACCAAGGAAAUAUGUUUAUUGGUCAUUUUGAAUCCGGAAAUCUGAAUUUUUUUCUGCAGACAUGAAUAUUUGUGCUUUUCUGUGUUUUUUUAAAAUUAAACUCUUCAUCAAAUAACAUCAUGACAAAUGUAUGCACCAUAAAUAUCAUAUGAAGGUCAUAUAGUUCAUACGGGCAGGGGAUAAAGAGAUGCUCUGGAUUUGUAGAAUGUUAAUUAAAGGUGCAAUGAACUUUA